AUGGCCGCGAAUUUCUCUCACGUUUGCCUGACCGAAACGCAGCAGAUGAUGAAUGGCACUCCCUUGGAGUACAACCUACAAAGAUACGUCUAUCCAGCAAUUGCAGUCUUUGGAAUUCUUGGAAAUGUGCUUAACUUGACGGUUCUAUUAAAUAAAAGCAUGCGAAGCAGGGCGAACACAUUUCUGGCGACUCUCGCGUUUGCGGACAUCAUAUUCUUAUCGUUGCUGUUCCCCAACAUUCUAGCAAAUUAUUCAAUUUUCACCUUCAACUACUAUUUCCGAUACUUCUACUUCCAUUCCAAGGUUCAUCUCAUCUCACUGGCGAAUUGGUGUUCAGCAGUAGCAAUAUGGUGUGUUAUAGCCGUUUGUGGUGAUCGACUCGUUGGAAUCCGAAGCCCACUCUACGCCAGAUCGGCGUGGUCUUGGUGGAAACUUCCUGCUGUUAUUAUGUUCAUUGUGGCCGUAGCGGGUGGUCUGACGUUCUAUCAACAUUUCGAGUACUACUGCCUUGUUCGAUCGUAUUGCAAUGGAACACAGCUCUAUUCAAGAUGUUUACCAGUUUAUAGCGUACGUAACAACGAAGGCCAACUUCAGAAGACCGAGCACCGGGUAACGCUGACUGUCACUUUUAUUGUCACGAUGUUCACACUCACCAACGGGCCUUCAGCGCUGAUGCAUCUCAUUCGAACGGCGUAUAAUCUCAAACAGCAAGACUCCUACGAUCUUACAAUGAUUUGCAGCACUUUGGUAAUAUGUGGAAAGGCAUCCAACUUCAUAUUGUUUUGCCUUGGAUCGCGCCAUUUCCGAUUACGAUUGAUCAGGCUUACACAACGAAAAGUUCACAGAAAAAUAGGUCGAGUAUCGAUGUUGCCAGCAAGACUACCCAAUCUACUCAGGAUAAUGCAGUAUUUAUGCAAUAAUGAAGCUGCCAAUUCUACUGUUGUACGUCAAGAAUCGCUAUCGGGGACUAUUCUAACAAGUACAGUAAGCCGAGCGCUAAUCGCAAGGAGGCAAAGUUGUCCUUCGAAGAAGAGCAGCAGUGUUGGAACACCGUGCAAAUCAAGAAACCUUAGUACAGCGGAUAUUUAUCAUCCUUUGGUUACAUUUACAUUUGUUUGCCAGGAAUACUGGCAUCAUUCAUUCAAAAUUGAGCGAUAG